CCAUGUCGGGCAUCAGGGCCCGGGCGCUGUACAGCUUCGAGAGUGAGAACCCGGAGGAGAUUAGCAUCAAGGAGGACGAGGAGUUGCUUCUCUUCCACGAGACCUCACAGGACGGCUGGCUGGAGGGAACCAACAGCCGCGGACACCGCGGCCUCUUCCCCGCCUCGUACGUGGAGAUAGUGUCCGGGGGCCCCAUCUCUCUCCCCACCCUCACCCUCACCCCUGGCCCCGACCCCGACCCGGACGAGGAUGAUGAUGACUGGGACGAUUGGGACGACGCGUCCACGGUUGCAGACGAGCCCGACCUGUGCUCCUCCUCCAACGGCCUGUACCCGGGCUACCCGGGGCCCCGCCACCGGCCCAGCGUGUCCGAGCGGCAGGACAGCACAGCGGGCCGGCCGAGUGGCCGCAGCGGUGCCGUGGGCAAGAGCUUCAACCGCUUCUCCAGCUUUGUGCGCUCCGGCGGAGAGGCGUUCAUCCUGGGCGAGGUUCCUGCUGCCCUUCGGCCCAGCGAGACAUACGGGGUGACCAUGGGCCCCGAGGGGCCACAGUGGAGCGACAACCCGCGGCCCUUCCACUGCACCAUUGAGGAGCCCACCAAACAGACCAAGUUCAAGGGCAUCAAGACCUACAUAUCCUACAAGCUGACGCCCAGCCUGACCAACGCGCCCGUCUACCGCCGCUACAAACACUUCGACUGGCUUCACAACCGCCUAUUGCACAAGUUCCCAGUCGUGUCGGUACCCCACCUGCCCGAGAAACAGGCGACCGGCCGCUUCGAGGACGACUUCAUCGAGAAGCGGCGGCGGCGCCUGAUCUUGUGGAUGGAGCAUAUGACCAGCCACCCGGUGUUGUCCCAGUACACCGGCUUCCAACACUUCCUCACCUGCUCUGAUGACCGGGCAUGGAAACAGGGCAAGCGGCGCUCGGAGCGCGACGAGCUAGUGGGAGCCAACUCCUUCCUGACCAUCCACACCCCGACCGAGCAGCAGGAUCUCCAGCGGGUGGAGGAGAGGGUGGACCUCUUCAAGGCUUUCUCCAAGAGGCUUGACGACAGCGUGCUACAGCUCAGUAACGUGGCCGCCGAGCUGUGCCGCAAACAUGCCGGCGGCUUCAGGAAAGAGUUCCAGAAACUGGGCAACGCCUUCAGCUCCAUCAGCCAGGCCUUCGAGAUGGACCAGCCCCACCUCGCCGUCUCCCUCAACAGGGCCAUCUCCAUCACCGGCAGGACCUACGAGGCCAUUGGCGAGCUCUUUGCUCAGCAGCCCAAGAACGACCUCUUCCAUAUGUUGGACAUGUUGUCUCUGUACCAGGGUCUACUCUCCAACUUCCCCGAUAUCAUCCAUGUCCAGAAAGGUGCCUUUGCCAAGGUGAAGGACAGCCAGAGGAUGAGUGAGGAGGGCAAGAUGGACCCGGAGCAGGUAGACGGCAUCAAGCAGCGCUGCCGGGUGGUGGGCUUUGCACUCCAAGCCGAGAUGAACCAUUUCCACAAACGGCGGAUCAUCGACUUCAAACACAUGAUGCAAUCCUACCUCCAGCAACAAAUCCUCUUCUACCAGAGAAUCAGCCAGCACCUGGAGCAGACUCUACACCUCCAUUGCUGCAGCCCUCGACCCUUCCUACAUCCAUCCGCUGACCGCUGGAUCCAGGUAGCAUGCGCAUGUGGCAGGGUGGGCCGGACGGAGGGCCCUUGGGCUGACCAGUGCAACGUGAGCUGGGCUGUGAGGGUCCAUCAGCCUCACACACCCUCUGCUUGGACAGUGGACACUACAGUAGAAGCAGGAACACGGAGCACCAGUCAGCCACGCCCUGUGGCCAUCGUGGACAAUCGGUGAUACAUUGGUGGCACGGAGCUGUACAAGUGGUCCACCACCUGAUUCUGGCCACGUGUAUGUUCACACUUCAUGCAUCAGGCACUAAAUGGGGGGAUGGGAAUAACAUUUGUUCAAUAGAGGUCACUUCUUCCAGUUACAAUGUUUACAUUUGUUCUCUGUCAGAUGAGGUGACUUCACGCUGCCUCCACACAAGCUCUAACUGUGGCAGUGAGGGGGGUCCUGUACAGUGUUCUAACUAGUGGCACAGUUAACCCUCCAUACACGAGACCUGUAACCAUACAGGGGUUUUACAGUGUGUGCCUGUAACUGUGGGAAGGGUUGGUGAUCGCUGGACAUCACGGUGGGUGGGGGCUGGCUCUGGUCCAGUUGGGGGAGGGGUUAGAGGGGCCCCCCCCCCCC